GCCAGGGGCGAGUGAACCAGCUCGGCGGCGUCUUCAUCAACGGCCGACCACUGCCGAACCACAUUCGCCUGAAGAUCGUGGAGCUGGCCGCCGCCGGCGUCCGCCCCUGCGUCAUCAGUCGCCAACUGCGCGUCAGCCACGGCUGCGUCUCCAAGAUUCUCAACCGGUACCAGGAAACGGGCUCCAUCCGCCCUGGCGUCAUCGGCGGCAGCAAGCCCCGUGUGGCCACCCCGGACAUCGAGAAGCGCAUCGAAGACUACCGCAAGGAGAAUCCAGGUAUCUUUUCCUGGGAGAUUCGCGACCGCCUCAUCAAGGAGGGUCUCUGCGACCGCACCACCGCCCCCUCCGUCAGCUCCAUCAGCCGCCUGCUCAGGGGACCGAAUGGAUCGAUGAGGGGUGACGGCGGAAUGGACGGUCAUGGCCCGGGAGGAGGAAUGGGCGGAGGCGGAGGUGGCGGUGGUGGCGGACACAAAGGACAGCACAAGCACUCCAUCGAGGGCAUCCUCGCCGGGGACAAGAGUGACC